UUUUGAUGCACGGCGCCGAAUCGCCUUACCCGCGCCAGGCCGAUCGGAUAUGGAGAUGGCAAGACCGGAAUUCAGAUCGCGGAGUAGAGCCGCCGGUAUAAGACCCCCGAAGUAGACUACUCCAUCGCCGUCGAUCCGGGAACAUGGUAAAACCCGACCGUCUCCAUCCAUUGCUGGCUUGUUUUAUUCGAGGUGGAGGGCAUGGCGACGGGCACCUUCGCCAAUCAUUUACCACAGCGCUGUCAGCCUGCCGCAGCCCGCAGCCCGUCGCACGCAAGCGCCGAGGGCGUUAUGGCCCCGAACAUUCUGUAACCGGCCAGAGCCUGAUCUCGUGCAUAGAAGGCCCCGCUCCGAAACCUCAACUCUUGACCUUGCCAUCAUCGUCCGUCUAACCCGUUCCCGUCUGCUUCUCAAGCGGUCGCAUGCCCCUCGACACUCUCAUUUCCCUCCUCCCUCCUCCCGAUACCGAACACCGACCAUGCCAAACCCUCAGAGCUACACCAUCGGCUGGAUCUGCGCCAUCACCACCGAGUCUGUCGCGGCCCGGGCCUUCCUCGACGAAGAACACGACGGGCCUAGCCACGUUGCCCAGCACGACAACAACAGCUAUAUCCUCGGCAACAUCGGCAGUCACAACGUCGUCAUUGCUGUUCUACCCGAUGGAGAGUACGGCACAACCUCGGCGGCGGCGGUAGCCCGGGAUAUACUUCACAGCUUCCCAAACGUGCGCAUUGGGCUGAUAGUCGGCAUCGGGGGCGGCGCGCCCGGCUCGAAGCACGAUAUCCGGCUCGGCGAUGUAGUUAUCAGCAGCCGCGACGGCGGGAAGGGCGGCGUAUUCCAAUACGACUUUGCUGUCAGUGCCCUGAGGGGUACAUACAAGAUAAGGGGCCACCAGCUUGCAGACGAGGUGGAAAGGGCCUUAAAAGGCAUCAAGAAGCGGAAGAAGUACACGCGGCCUCCUCCAACAAGCGACAGACUCUACAAGCCCAAUGCUGUGUAUCCGGAAACCUCUGACGACUGCAACAUGGUGUGCAAUGCGGCAUACCUUGUGGCUCGCGACGCACGAGAUGAGGAAGAUGACAAUCCCGCCAUCCACUAUGGACUAAUCGCCAGCAGAAACCAACUGAUAAAGGAUGCACACAUCCGGGACAAGCUGGCAGCGGACAAGGGCGUCCUCUGCUUCGAGAUGGAGGCAGCUGGGCUGAUAAACUACUUUCCCUGUCUUGUAAUCCGCGGCAUAUACGACUACUCCGAUUCGCAUAAGAACGAGGAUUGGUAAGGCUUUGCGGCUAUGAUGGCGGCGGCAUAUGCGAAGGACCUUUUGCGGCAGAUCCCGCCAAACAAGGUCGAGGCAGAAAGGCCGAUUGCCGCGGCGCUCGAUGCCAGUCAGUAUCACAGAUCCAGUUCACCAAACGCUAGCUAAAUCUGAACAGUUCAAGAAGA